CGAGGAGGCCACACCCUGGCUCCGUGACCCGAACUGGUGUGCUAAAGAUGGCGCUGGUGGCUGGGGUGUGUCACCGGGCUCGAGCUCUGUUCCGCCCUUGGGCCUGGCUCCCGGGUGCGGCCUUCGGGCGGACGGAGUCGGCGGCCAGAGGUGGCGUAGGCGCACGAGGCUUCGGAAGCCAGCGGGUGCUGGUGGAACCUGAUCCGGCCACGGGGAUCGCAGUGGUGAAGUUGAAGAACCCCCCAGUGAACAGCCUCAGCCUAGAGUUGCUGACAGAGUUUGUCAUCAGCCUGGAGAAGCUGGAGAAUGACAAGACCUACCGAGGCCUCAUCUUAACUUCAGACUGUCCCGGGAUCUUCUCAGCUGGCCUGGACCUGACGGAAAUGUGCGGGAAGAACCCAGCACACUAUGCUGAGUACUGGAAGGCCGUGCAGGAGUUGUGGUUGCGGCUCUACCUGUCGAACCUGUUGCUGAUUGCUGCCAUCAAUGGAGCCAGCCCUGCCGGAGGCUGCCUGAUCGCCCUCACCAGUGACUACCGGGUCCUGGCUGACAACCCCAGAUACACCAUUGGGCUGAAUGAGACCCUGCUGGGCAUCGUUGCCCCUUUCUGGUUCAAAGAUACCCUUGUGAACACCAUCGGGCACCGUGCCUCAGAGCGCGCUCUGCAGCUGGGAAUCCUCUUCCCGCCGGAAGAGGCCCUUCAGGUGGGCAUGGUGGACAAGGUGGUGCCUGAGGACCAGGUGCAGAGCACAGCACUGUCAGUGAUGGCCCAGUGGUUGUCCAUUCCAGACCAUGCUCGACAGCUGACCAAGAACAUGAUGCGAAAGCCCACAGCAGACCGCUUGGUGAAACAGCGUGACUCAGACAUCCAGUCCUUUGUCAGCUUUAUCUCCAGAGACUCCAUCCAGAAGUCCCUGCAUGCGUACUUAGGAAAGCUGAAACAAAAGAAAGGCUAACGGCCCUGGCUGGUGUAGCUCAGUGGAUUGAGCUCGGGCUACAAACCAAAAGGUCACAGGUUUGAUUCCCAGUCAGAGCACAUGCCUUGGUUGUGGGCCAGGUCCCCAGUGGGGGCAUGCGAGAGACAGCCACACAUGAUGUGUUUCUCUUCCUCUUUCUCCCCCUCCUCUCUCUAAAAAUGAAUAAAUAAAUAGUCUUUGAAAAAAUAAAGGCCAACAGCUAGGCUGCUCACACAGGGUUUAGCCAUCUGUACCCUUCUGGAGGGGGGCCUUCUGGUCCCAAAAGGUUUUACUUUAAACAAGCUAUUUCCUAAUUUAAAAAUCCUUUCAGCUCUUUGUUUUGCUGGUCUUACCAGGAGGCCCUGUUUAUUGUAGCCAGGGUCCCAAGGACCCCGCCACAUGUGAGUGCCUUUACUGCCUGGCAAACGGGUGGAAUGGGGUUGGCAGGCAGCUUCUGGGUUUGGGAAUUAUGAACUGGCAGGUGGACCCAAUCUGAACCUUGGGAGGGUUACCACUGAGUGUCUCCUUUCCCAAAGAACUGUGGGAAACUUUACUCCCACAGGAAUAAAGUCCUUGGGUCACCUGA